UCUCAUUCUCCAGUCCAACAACACAACAAUCCAACCAACUUCCUUCGCUACAAAACAUUUCCUUUGUUCUUUCCUACUGGUCUGCAUUUCCUUGAUACAUUCGCUAUAUCAAUACUUCAACAUCAUACUUGAUCCACUUUUGACCUAUACAACUCGUUUCAACUAAUCAACCAACCAACCAACCAAUCAUCAAGAUGCAUUCCGUUUCCAUCCUCAUUGCUGCUUUUGCUGCUAGCGCUUGGGCUGCUCCUAUGACCCUUGCCACUACCACCACUGAUGCUCCAGUCACCACUUCCACCACCAUUUCCAACUACUGUGGAUUUGGCACUGUCAACCCUGAUGGUUCUUGCUCUGGCCCAACCACCACAACCACCUCUGAUUCCACCUCCACCACCAUCUCUCACUACUGUGGAUUUGGUACCGUGAACCCUGAUGGCUCAUGCUCUGGACCUACCACCACAACCGCCAGCACCACUAGCACCACCAUCUCUCACUACUGUGGAUUUGGCACUGUCAACCCCGAUGGCUCCUGCUCUGGUCCAACUACUUCCACCACCUCGACAGCUACCUCCACCUCCACCCCCAUCUCCCACUACUGUGGCUUCGGCACCGCCCUGGAUGGCAAAUGUGCCACUAGCACCACCAGUGCUUCUUCCGUGACUUCUACCUCUUCUGCCUCGACCACCUCUUCUGCCUCAACCACCACUUCAUCCCCCAUCUCUCACUACUGUGGAUUCGGCACCAUGCUCAACGGCAAGUGCUACACCACCACCGUCGCCACAACCACCACCCAGAGCAGCAGCAGUUCUGCCCCAACCACCACCACUACCACCACCACCACUCCUGUCACUCACUGGUGCGGAUACGGUGUUGGUCGCAAUGGAAAGUGCAACCCAGCUCCUCCCCCACCUCCAACUUCCACCAUCACCACUGUCUGCCCUGCUCCCACUACUGUGACCGCCACUGCCACUGCCACCGUCACUCAAGUCGUCACUGUCACCGCCAAGGCAUUCACUAAAGGUGUCUCCUUCAACGUCGGCGGUGACUGCGUCAACUGCCAGACCGUCACCACUGAGAUCCUCGGCUGGCCAGUCACCAUGGCCGUCCCCACUGGUGCUGUCUGGUAAAGAGACAUUGCUGGACAAUGUUCUCGGGUGGUCUCAUCGAAUUUGAUCUGCAGCAUCAAAUCAUUUGUUUAUUGGUUGGGGUUUCAGCCCACAACAGCAUUGCAUAGCGCAGCAAAAAGCAUAGCGAUUGGAGGAAUAAUACUAGACAUUACAGCAUAGCAUAGCAUAGCAUAGCACAGCACAGAGCACUCCUUAGACUUGAUACCACAGCAAUACUCUACAAGAAUUAAUUAUCCACAUUACUUGACAUUCAACA